AUGUUUAAAUUCAAGAAUAAAUUGAAAUUUGGUUCAUCAGAGAAACAACAAACACCACCACCGUCAUCAAAUUCACAAUCUAAUACUCCUUUAUCUUCGAGUACUUCACCAAAUCCUGAACAACAAAGAAAUUCAUCCGAUUCAAGAAAAACAUUAAAUGGUCAAGAUUUAUCAAAUGAUUUUAAUAAAUUAUCAGUUUCAGAUAGACAAACUCCAUCAACUUCAGAAUCUUCAUAUAACUCUCCGUCUUCACAAACUACAGCUACUUCGGAACAAACUCCAAUUGAUUCUUCCCCCGGUUUAUUAACUGUUAAAAUUUAUGGUUCACAAAAUAUUCAAUUACCUAUUAAAAUAAACAAUUCAAAACAAAUACUUCAUGCGCUAGCUGUUAAUUCAAAUGAUCAAGUAAUUGGUCAACAAUUAUUAAAUAAUUUAAAUCAUUUAGAAAAAGAAUCUCAUGAAGAUUAUUUACCUGGUUUAAGAGCUAGUAAUUAUUUACCUGCAAUUAUAACAAUACCAAAUGCUGAAAAUUUAGUUAAAUCUUUAUUAUAUUUAACUAUAGAAUUUGAUAAUAAUGUUUUAGUUAUUGAACCUCAAAAAGGGACGGUUUCACAAUCUACAUGGAAUCAAGUAGUUUCAUUUGAUGUAACUAAAAAAUCGCAAGACCAACCCUCCUUAAAUUUAAAUUUAUUUAUUAGAUUACCAAAUAUGUUAAUACCCGAAAGUGAAAAAAUUGAUAAAAAAUACCUCUUUUCAAAUUUUCAAUCUGAUCAAAAUAAUAUUGGUGAUCUAUUAAUAGGUACUUUGAAACUACCAUUAAAUUUAAAACAUCAACAACAAGUAAGAUUAAUACAUCAUGAAUAUUUACAAUUUUUAACUCAUUCUAAUGUACAAGAUUUAUCAUCAGCUAUUGGUGAAUUAAUGGUGACUAUAGAUUAUAAAAGUAUGACAAAAAAGCAUUUAUCAAUUGAAGAUUUUGAUUUAUUAAAAGUUAUAGGAAAAGGAUCAUUUGGUAAAGUUAUGCAAGUGAUUAAAAAAGAUACAAAACAAAUAUAUGCAUUGAAGACACUUCGAAAAAGUCAUUUAGUUUCAAGAAUGGAAGUAACGCAUACAAUGGCUGAAAGAAGUGUAUUAGCUAGAGUUAACAAUCCAUUUAUAGUUCCACUUAAAUUUAGUUUUCAAAGUAAUGAAAAAUUAUAUUUAGUAUUAUCAUUUAUCAAUGGUGGUGAAUUAUUUUAUCAUUUACAAAGAGAAGGGAAAUUUAGUAUGGAUCGUUCUAGAUUUUAUAUUGCUGAAUUGCUUUCGGCAUUAUCAAGUCUUCAUGAAAUGAAUGUUAUUUAUAGAGAUUUAAAACCAGAAAACAUCUUACUUGAUUAUCAAGGACAUAUAUCAUUAUGUGAUUUUGGUCUUUGUAAAUUAAAUAUGACUCAAGAUGCAACUACAAGAACUUUUUGUGGUACUAAUGAAUAUUUAGCUCCUGAAUUAUUAUUAAAUCAAGGUUAUACUAGAUCAGUUGAUUAUUGGACUCUUGGCACUUUAUUAUAUGAAAUGUUGACUGGUUUACCACCCUUUUAUGAUGAUGUGAUAAAUGAAAUGUAUCAAAAAAUAUUGAAAAAUCCAUUAAAAUUUCCAAAUUUUUUAUUAAAUACUGAUGUACAAGAUUUAUUAGAGAAAUUAUUACAAAAAGAUCCAUCAAAAAGAUUAGCAGAUUCAAAUGUAAUAAAGAAUCAUCAAUUUUUUAAAGAUAUAGAUUGGGUUAAACUUUAUAAUAAAAGUUAUUUACCACCUUUCAAACCAAAUGUUGAAAAUUUAUUAGAUACAAGUAAUUUUGAUCAAGAAUUUACAAAUGAAAAACCACAAGAUUCAGUAGUGGAAGAUUUCUUGUCGGAAUCCGUACAGAAACAAUUUGGAGGUUGGACUUAUAAUGGCGAUUCUAAUUUAAACUAA